AUGUACUCCAUCAAGACCGUCAGGUCCGUUAUUGGAACGACUGGAUGGUUGAAACGGCCUUGUUUUGGAUGCAAUAGUGCCUCUAUCCGAACAGCCGCGGAUUUGGCAAUGCUGAAUAAGCUUAGAUCCAAGAAGAGGAUUAAUAGAAACCCUCUGCCAACUACAGUGGACCCUCAGAAGGGACAGCCCGAAACUGGCAAUAAAGGUGUUCCUCCACACACACAGUCGAAAAUAGCAAGCGAGCAUAAAGUAGUAAGAAAUGGAGUCAAGAAAGUUGAGGAUAAAUUUCAGAAGAAACCACAUUCCAAGUCUCAGGGAAACUCAAGGUCUAGGAAGAUAUCCAAGGAAGAGGAAAAAGCUCUAAAAGAGAUUUCCACCGAGUUCGAAACUCAUAGAACAGAAGCAUCAAAGUCAGCUUCGAAAAAGAAGCGGUCUCCAAAUAAGCCAAAAACUGCAGUUGAAAGACCAAAGAUCCCGUUAACGCUUCCUUCGUUCUUGACUGUCUCUAAUCUAAGUACCAUUUUGAGGGUUAGAAACGAGGACCUUCUGACCAAACUGAAGGAACUAGGAUUUGAAAACAUGACCUAUAACUACAUUCUAGACUCCGAAACUGCUGCAUUAAUUGCCGAUGAGUAUGGGUUUGAGGCUACUACAAAUGACAAUACCAGUGUGGACCUGUUUGAACAGCCAGAAUGCACUGAGCAAAAACUUUUGGUUCCAAGAGCACCUGUUGUAACUAUAAUGGGACAUGUAGACCACGGCAAGACCACCAUUCUGGACUAUUUAAGAAAAUCAUCUAUUGUCAACGGAGAGUUUGGUGGAAUAACCCAGCACAUAGGAGCAUUUUCAGUUAAGACUCCAAAGACAAAAAAGAUGAUCACAUUCCUCGAUACUCCAGGUCAUGCUGCGUUUCUAAAAAUGAGACAAAGAGGAGCUGAUGUUACUGAUAUUGUGGUUCUGGUUGUGGCAGCUGACGAUUCUGUGAUGCCUCAGACUAAAGAAGCCAUAAAGCAUGCCAAAAACUCUGGAGUACCUAUCAUUGUUGCCAUAAACAAGUGUGAUAAGCCAGAUGCGAACCCGGAUAAAGUGGUUGCCGACUUGGCCGGUCAUGAUAUCGAUGUAGAAGAUUACGGCGGUGAAACUCAGGUUGUCCGAGUGUCUGGCAAGACAGGACUUGGUAUGGAAGACUUAGAAGAGUCUAUUAUUACAUUAUCCGAAGUUCUUGACCUGAAGGCUCAAGAAUCAAAGACUCUUUGCGAAGGAUGGGUGAUCGAGUCCGAAAUGAAAAAGGGACUUGGAAACACUGCCACAUUCUUAGUCAGAAGGGGUGUUCUGGAGAGGGGCAAAAUUAUAGUGGCCGGUAAUACUUGGUGCAAAGUGAAGAUUAUGAAAGAUGAGCACGGAAAAGUUUUGAAGAAAGCUGGCCCUUCGACCCCAGUUGAAGUUAUUGGCUGGAAAGAUCUUCCGGAAGCCGGUCAGCUCGGUUUGGAGGCUAAGGAUGAAGCUCUUGCUAAGAAAGUAAUCUUGAACAGAAUGGCAAGAGAGGAAAAGUUUAAAGAAGCCCAAGAUAUUGAAAAGAUUAACGAAAUGAGACAAAGCGAGUUGAGAGAAGCCAAUAAAAGACAAAAAAUAGAAGAGUUGGCCAAGAAUGGCCUUUCGUUAGAAGACAUUCGAAAACUAGACAGUGAGGAAUACAAAGAUCUUUUAGAUGAAACUAAACAAGAAUGUGAAAUUGUUCCCUUUAUCAUUAGAGCUGAUGUUAGCGGCUCCUCUGAAGCCAUAGCUGAGAGUAUCGAUGGUCUAGGUAAUGAUGAAGUGAAAAGUAAAGUCUUGUACCAAGAGGUCGGUCCUCCUACUGAAACUGAUAUUGAAAGAGCUGAGACAUCCGGAGCUAUUAUUUUUGCAUUCAACCUUAAAACUCCUAAAGACAUCAUUUUGAAAGCCGAAAGAAGGGGAGUGCAUAUAAAAAGUCAUAACGUUAUUUAUCAUUUGAUUGAAGAAGUCACUCAUGAGCUUCAAUCCAGAUUGAAGCCCGAUAUUAAAGUUGAGGUAUUAGCUUCAGCUAAGGUUCGUGCUGUGUUUAGUAUCACAGGAAAAAACAAGAAAGAGUUCAAAAUUGCAGGUUGUAAAGUAUCCCAAGGGAUCAUUAAAAGAAACUCUCAGAUCCAAGUGACUAGAAAUGGACAGAUGAUCUACAGGGGCCAUAUAGAUGCUCUUAAACAUGAAAGAGAUGAUGUCGCCGAGGUAAAGAAAGGAAUGGAUUGCGGUGUCAGCCUUGGAAGAUGGCAGAACUUUGAGGAAGGUGAUGAUAUUGAAGUCUAUGAAGAGAAAGAAGUGCCCCGAUACUUGUAA